AUGACUCUGGAGGAGACCCGCGGCCAGGACACGGUUCCUGAAAGCACAGCCAGGAUGCAGGGCGCCGGGAAGGCGCUGCACGAGCUGCUGCUGUCGGCGCAGCGCCAGGGCUGCCUCACCGCCGGCGUGUACGAGUCCGCCAAGGUCCUCAACGUCGACCCCGACAACGUGACCUUCUGCGUGCUGGCCGCGGACGCGGAAGAUGAGGGCGACGUGGCGCUGCAGAUCCACUUCACGCUGAUCCAGGCCUUCUGCUGCGAGAACCACAUCGACAUCGUGCGCGUGGGCGACCUGCAGCGCCUGGCGGCCAUCGUGGGCGGCGAGGCGGGCACGCCCGGGGACCUGCACUGCAUCCUUAUCUCUAACCCGCAUGAGGACGCGUGGAAGGACCCCGCGCUGGAGAAGCUCAGCCUGUUCUGCGAGGAGAGCCGCGGCGUGAACGACUGGGUGCCCAGCGUCACCCUCCCGGAGUGA